AUGUUGAGAUUUAGACUGCAAAGCGGGGCCUCGAGAAGGUUUUUGAGCCAAACUUCGAGUUUGCUGGCUGCUAAGAAACAGCACGAUUUGGUUAUCAUCGGGGCUGGUCCUGGUGGCUACGUUGCUGCUAUCAAGGCUGCGCAACUUGGGUUUGACGUUGCGUGUGUGGAAAAGCGUGGCAGAGCUGGUGGUACUUGUUUGAACGUGGGGUGCAUUCCAUCCAAAGCGUUGCUUAACAACUCGCACCUAUACCAUCAGAUGAAGCACGACUCGAAGCAACGUGGUAUCGACAUCAACGGGGAUGUUGCCAUCAACAUGGGUCAAUUCCAAAAGGCCAAGGACACCUGUGUCAAGCAAUUGACCGGAGGUAUCGAAAUGUUGUUCAAAAAGAAUGGCGUUACUUACUACAAAGGGCUCGGCUCUUUUGAAAACGAAAACAGUAUCAAAGUGUCCCCUGUUGAAGGUAUUGAAGGAAGUAUCGCGGAAGAGACCAUUUUGGAGACCAAAAACAUCAUCGUUGCCACUGGUUCUGAGGUCACUCCUUUCCCUGGUAUCAAGAUCGACGAGGAGAGGAUCGUCUCUUCUACUGGUGCUUUGGAUCUCAAGGAAGUCCCAAAGAGAUUGGCUAUCAUCGGGGGUGGUAUCAUUGGGCUUGAAAUGGGAUCUGUGUACUCCAGAUUGGGCUCCAAGGUGAGCGUUAUUGAAUUUCAGCCCAAGAUCGGUGCCACCAUGGACAAUGAAGUCGCCACCACUACUCAAAAGUUCUUGAAGAAACAAGGUUUCGACUUCAAGUUGGGUACCAAGGUCAUCUCUGCUGAAAGAAACGGCGACGUUGUUAACAUCGAAGUUGAAAACGUGAAGAGCGGUAAGAAGGAGAAUUUGGAAGCCGACGUACUAUUGGUUGCCGUUGGCAGAAGACCAUUCAUCCAAGGUCUAAAUGCUGAAUCACUUGGUCUAGACGUUGACAAGAGAGGCCGUUUGGUCAUUGACGAACAGUUCAAUACCAAGUUCCCUCACAUCAAGGUCAUCGGUGACGUCACUUUCGGUCCUAUGUUGGCCCACAAGGCCGAAGAAGAAGGUAUCGCCGCUGUGGAAUAUUUGAAGCAAGGACACGGUCAUGUCAACUAUGCUAACAUUCCAUCUGUCAUGUACUCCCACCCAGAAGUUGCCUGGGUUGGAAAGACCGAAGAACAGUUGAAAGAAGACAAGAUCAAUUACAAGGUCGGUAAGUUCCCAUUCAUGGCAAAUUCCAGGGCUAAAACCAACAUGGACACCGAAGGUUUUGUUAAGAUUUUGAUCGAUGCUGAAACCGAGCGCCUGUUGGGUGCUCAUAUUGUUGGUCCAAACGCUGGUGAAAUGAUCGCAGAGGCGGGUCUAGCUCUUGAAUACGGAGCCUCAGCUGAGGACAUCGCUCGUGUGUGUCACGCUCACCCAACCUUGUCUGAGGCUUUCAAAGAAGCUAACUUGGCAGCCUUCUCCAAAUCUAUUAACUUCUAA